CUUCCUUUACCAACUAAGCAAAGCAAAACCAUCCAUCCAUCACACUCACCUUAAUCCUUAAUAUAACUUUGUUCAAUGGCAGCAGCGGUUUCAGUUUCAGUUUGUUUGAUGUUAUUAAGCAUUGUGAUAGUUACAAAGAAUGCAGUGGCUCAAGGUCAAGGAGGAGCCAGUUGGUGUGUGGCGAGGAGUGAUGCAAGCAAUGAGGCACUGCAAACGGCGUUGGACUAUGCAUGUGGCUCUGGCGCUGAUUGUCUUCCUCUUCAGCCAGAAGGACUCUGCUUUCUCCCAAACACAAUUCAAGCUCAUGCUUCCUACGCCUUCAACAGCUUCUUUCAACUCAAGGCCAGAGCCCCUGGGUCCUGUGAUUUCGCUGGCACUGCCACCAUUGCCCAAAGCGAUCCCAGCUACGGAUCUUGUGUGUACCCGUCCAGUGCAAGUUCUGCUGGAGGAUCAAAUACACCAAACACAACACCGCCAAUGAACAACCCAAACGUGCCAUCAUCUACCACAACACCAAUAUAUGGUGGAGGCAAUACUGGUGGACUAACCCCCGGAAUGAACACGCCAUUCCCUGACAGUUCUAGAGCACCUUCUGAGGCAAUACCCACAUGGUUUUCAGUUUUCUUUUCCUCCCUUCUCAUUCUGUGCAUCAUCUCUUAGCACUUAGCCUGUGUAUUAUGAUCUUGGGGAGGCUUACAGUUUUGUCAGAAGUUAAAGGGAGGAAGGGAGCCUCUUGUUGUUUAUAACCUUGCUUCAUGCAACCACCUCUUAUACCCCCACUAUUUUAAUGUAUAAGGUUAUGAACAAGUUAAGCAUGGCGACAUGGUUUACU